UGCGUUUUCCAAUUUUUACAACAAGAAAGGAGACUAAAAAAGUCGCUGACAUUGUCAAUUUGUGGAUUCUAAUUUCAAAACGUUACGUUAUCUACGUUAUUUUAUCUCUAUUAUUAUUAUUAUUAUCUUCACCUUUCUUGUAGUAAUUAUCUUUUGAGGUGCAAAAAGACAACGCAGAUUCCUAUAAUUCCACGUUGUUUCAAAUCUUGAAGAAUAUUACAACUCAGAUUCAAUCUCAAAUCCUUUCUUGUUCAUUCUUGCAUUCAUAACUAGACAAAGCUUGACCCAUGGCUUCUCUGAAUUUCUCUCGGGUUGGCUGCAACAACAGGAACUCCAUUUCUGACUUUGCUGUAACUCGCCAUGAUCGUCCGACUUUGACUCGCCCCAGUCGAGUUGGGUUCAAGGUUUUUGCUUCAGAUUCACAAGCUGAGCCUGAUUUGAGUGUGUAUGUGAAUGGUCUCCAAAUGCCCAAUCCGUUUGUAAUCGGGUCGGGUCCACCCGGCACCAAUUACACCGUCAUGAAGAGAGCCUUUGAUGAAGGCUGGGGUGCUGUGAUUGCCAAGACUGUGUCACUAGAUGCUGCCAAGGUUAUCAAUGUAACUCCUAGGUAUGCCCGGCUACGAGCAGGAGCAAAUGGCUCAGCCAAAGGACAGAUAAUUGGGUGGGAGAACAUUGAACUUAUCAGUGACCGCCCUCUUGAAACUAUGUUAAAAGAAUUUAAGCAACUGAAAAAAGAGUAUCCAGAUAGGAUUCUCAUUGCCUCUAUUAUGGAGGAGUAUGAAAAAGCUGCCUGGGAAGAACUUAUUGAUCGAGUGGAGCAAACUGGGAUUGAUGCCAUUGAAAUUAAUUUCUCAUGCCCUCAUGGCAUGCCUGAGCGUAAAAUGGGUGCAGCAGUUGGGCAAGAUUGUGCAUUGUUGGAGGAAGUUUGUGGAUGGAUAAAUGCAAAAGCGACUGUUCCUGUAUGGGCAAAGAUGACUCCUAACAUCACUGAUAUCACAGAGCCAGCAAGGGUGGCUUUAAGUUCAGGAUGUGAGGGGGUAUCUGCUAUUAAUACAAUCAUGAGUGUGAUGGGAAUCAACCUUGAUACUUUACGUCCAGAGCCUUGUGUUGAGGGCUACUCAACUCCUGGGGGUUAUUCUUGCAAAGCAGUUCAUCCUAUUGCACUUGCCAAAGUAAUGAGCAUUGCAAAAAUGAUAAAUUUGGAAUUUAACAACAAGGAGUACUCACUUUCUGGCAUUGGGGGUGUUGAGACAGGGGGUGAUUCUGCUGAAUUUGUUCUGCUUGGAGCAAAUACUGUUCAGGUCUGUACAGGUGUUAUGAUGCAUGGCUAUGGCCUUGUGAAGAAACUAUCUGCAGGGCUAAAGGAUUUCAUGAAAAAGCACAAUUUCUCAUCAAUAGAAGAUUUCAGAGGGGCUUCCCUUCAAUAUUUUACAACUCAUACAGAUUUAGUGCGAAGGCAGCGAGAAGCAAUUCAAGAGAGGAAAGCUGUUAAGAAAGGUUUGCAGUCUGACAAAGAUUGGACAGGAGAUGGCUUUGUGAAAGAGACCGAGAGCAUGGUUUCUAACUAAUCGCACUGCCGAAGUAAGACUUCUCUACUGUAUAAUUAAAAACAAAUGGUGGUUUAGUUGUAUCUGGUUGGUAGAUGUCUAUCUUGUUCUUUGCAUCUCAGAAAGGGUUAAUUAUAUGAAUGAUUGAAGGUGGUGAUGUAAAACCAAAACACAAGAUUAUUUCACGGUCAAAUUGUUAAUAAGUGCAGCUGUUUCAUGUAGCAUGUGCUGUUUUUAUUCUGGAAGCAAAAAAGAACUGAAGUGAUUUCAUCCAAAA